AUGUCAUCUAAUAAUAAUAAUAAUCAACAAAAUCAAUUAAAUCGUAAAGGAUCAAUUCCUUCUUUAACACAAGAUAUGAAUAAUAAUAAUCAAAUUGUUCAUAAUUCUGUAACAUGGCAUGCUGGUAUGCCACUUGGUAACACUGUAGACUCUGUCAUGUCGCCUGCCGAUAGAAGUGUACUACUCAAAUCUUUAAACAGUAGAUUGAGUAACACUAGUAAUCUACCAGCUGAAUUCCGUACCAUGUCGAUGGGUGUCAGUCAUACCAUCCAAGCCAACAACUCGAAAAAGAUGCAAAUGGCUCUUAACCAAGCUAGAAAAGACAAUGCCUCUCCACUGUUAAACGUCCCUGCCCCAACUGGUGGUGACGUAGGUUCUCCUCCUUCCAAACCCAAUUUACCAUCUGCUGUUCCUUCUCCAUCGUCGUCCUCCACUAUUGCUCCACAGGAACUCAAGUCAACUCCACUUGCAGGUGAUACCAAUUAUUUUGCUAGUCUUGAUACUCACAAACUCUCUGCUGUAGAUGUUGCCAUUAAAUUCUCUACCGACUCUGAACUUGGUAUUAGCAAUUUUGAAGCACAAAAGAGAUUGGCUCAGUAUGGUCCCAAUCAAUUGGCUACCCAUACACCCAACUACUUUAAAAAGGUAUUCUUUUAUCUCUUUGGUGGAUUCUGUUCGGUCCUUUGGGUUGGUGUCUUGGUAUUCUUUCUUUGUUGGCAACCACUUAGUAAUCCACCAAGUAUGGUUAAUUUUGCUUUAGCUAUUUUAGUUUUGAUUGUAAUUUUAAUUCAAGCAUUAUUUUCAGCAUUCCAAGAUUGGUCAACUGGUCGUGUAAUGAAGAGUAUAUUGAAUAUGUUGCCAUCGGAAUGUUUUGUGAUUCGUGAUGGACAAACACAAAAGAUUCCAACCAGUCAAGUUGUAGUUGGUGAUUUGGUUCAGUUGAAUCUUGGUAAUAAGAUACCGGCCGAUAUUGUUAUACUUGGAACCGCUGAUCUCAAGGUAGACAAUUCAGUGUUGACAGGAGAGUCACUUCCAGUCAACUGUACCACUCAAUGUACCGAUGAAAACUUUUUAGAGUCCAAGAAUGUAUGCUUUAUGGGUACGCAUGUAGUCAAUGGUUCGGGUGUUGGUAUUGUCGUAUCGACUGGAAAUGCUACUGUCAUGGGCAGAAUCAAUCGUUUGACUGGUGAAGCCAAGGAAAAGGUACCACUCAUCCAAACUGAAAUCAAUCGUUUUGUUGGUAUCAUUGUACUUUUGACUAUCAUCCUUGCAUUCAUCUUUGUCUUGGAAUGGGGUGUAUUCCUUAGAGUCAAGCAUCCAAACUUCCAAAACACAGUUGCCAUGUUAAUGAAUGUUAUGAGUUGUGUAGUUGCUUUUAUUCCUGAAGGAAUGCCAAUUUGUGUAGCAUUAACUUUAUUAAUGGUAGCUAAUCGUAUGAAAGAGAAUGAUAUAUUACCAAAGGCAUUGACAACUGUUGAGACGUUGGGAUGUGUGAAUGUGAUUUGUUCGGACAAGACUGGAACAUUGACACAAAACAGAAUGACUGUAGUGUCGGUUGGAUUUAGUGAUGGACAAGCUACGGCCGAUCAAGUCAAAGAGUAUUUGGAACAAGAACAAGGUAGUAAUAGCACGAGUACAGUGUCGUCGGCUUAUAGACAAAUCCAAAUGUGUUCAAUCCUUUGUAACAACUCUACAUGGGAUCAAGGUACAAUCGACCAACCAGACAUUGCUAAUCGUUUGAUCAACGGUGAUGCGACCGACUCUGCCAUCUUUAGAUUCGGUCAUCGUAUGUUCCCAGAAUACAAGUAUCACUUGGAAGUACAAUCACUCGAGUCUGAAUUCACCCGUGUCCAUGAUCUUCCAUUCAACAGCAAGAACAAGUACAUGAUGACUGCCUAUCAGUCAGUGUCGGGUAACUCACUCGCUCAAAUGUUUGGUGUCACCAACCACAACCAAGAACUCUUGUUGAUUGUCAAGGGUGCCCCUGAUGUCCUACUCCCCAAGUGUACCCAUGUCCUCUUGUCCAACUCUGAUCAAGUCGUCAAGCUUUCAUCAGACUAUCUUGAAAAGAUUCAAGGCGUGCAGGAAAAGUGGGCUCGUGGAGGACAACGUGUCAUCCUUUUAACCAAGCGUAUUGUAUGUCCCUCGACAUCCAACCCAGUUGGCAGCUCUGCAUACCGUCAAGAAGUGGAGUCGUUUGGCAAUCAAGACCUUACAGUCAUUGGUCUCAUUGGGUUGAUGGAUCCACCUCGUCCAGAAAUCCCCAACACUGUAGCUACUUGUCGUCGUUCAGGUAGUCGUUUCUUUAUGGUUACAGGUGACUUUUCUCUCACUGCUGCUUCUAUUGCCCGACAAAUUGGUAUCUACACCACCGACCUUGAACCACACACCUAUGAUGAUCUCCUCAUUCAAGCCAGUGAACAUGAAAAGUUUGUCAAGGAUCUAAAAGAAAAAGAAUCAUCUCAAACUGAUCAGUCAUCCCUUUCAUCUGAACAAUCAACCAUCAUCAAACGUCUAUUAUCAAAGAUUAAAAAGUCAAAGAGUAAAGAUGAAGAUGACUCUUCUUUUUCAUCAUUUGAAAUGGAACCAUUUACAAUUAGAUCAACAUCUGAACCAACCUCUUUAUUAUUGACUGGAUCAGAUUUGGAAAAGAUUCAAACCAACAAACAAUUGUGGAACCAAGUAUUCAACUAUGAUGAAAUUGUAUUUGCUCGUACCACUCCAGAACACAAACUACGUAUCGUCAAGGAAUUCCAACACCGUGGUAGUGUAGUUGCCGUGACGGGUGAUGGUGUCAAUGAUGCUCCAGCCCUUAAAGCUGCCGACGUUGGUGUAGCCGUUGUAUCUGGGUCAGAUGUCGCCAUUGAAGCUGCUGAUCUCGUUCUACUCGGUUCCUUCGAGUCUAUUACACAAGCUAUGCGUCUUGGUCGUCUUGUAUUCCAAAAUCUACAAAAGGUGAUUGGGUUCCUCUUGCCUGCUGGUAGUUGGUCUGAGAUCAUGCCGGUUGUCGUCAAUGCCUUUUUCGGUACACCAUGUCCCUUGUCAUCCUUUUUAAUGAUCAUUAUCUGUUGCUUUACCGAUCUCUUUCCAUGCUUGUCGUUGAUCAUGGAGCAUGAAGAGACCGACCUGAUGGCAGUGCCCCCAAGAAACUCUAAAAAGGAUCAUCUCAUCACGCUUCGUAUCUACAUUCAAUCCUAUCUUUUUAUGGGAAUGUUGCUCACCAUCAUCUCUCAGGGUCUGUUUUUCUCGUACCUCUAUGAAUACACUGGAUUGGGUUGGUCAGACUUGGUAUUCACCUAUGGAGACAUUGACUUUAGCAAAGCCAAGGUCACUGCCGAUGAAUUUAAUCUUGUUCACGUCCCCAUUGGUACAUGUGUCACUUUUAUCGCUCUAGUCAUUCUCCAAUGGGGUAACAUCUUGGCCAUCAGAAACCGUAAUCAAACCAUUCUAAAGGCCGACCCAAUUAGACAAAAGAGAAGAAACCUCUGGAUCUUUGUUGGUAUGCUCUUUUCGUUUGUCAUCGCUCUCAUUGUCACCAAGGUACCAUGGUUCCAAUCAACCUUUGCCACUGGUGAUGUUCCCAUUAAGUAUUGGUUACUUCCACUUCCAUUUGCUCUCUUGGUACUCCUCCUUGAUGAAACUAGAAAAUUCUUUGUUCGUCAUUAUCCAGGUGGUCCAAUUGCUUACAUUGCUUGGUAA